AUGGCAGCUGCCACACCUUCAUCACUUGCCAGUUCUGUAGAGAAGACGAAUGGAGCCAAGCUCAGCAGACUUCUUAUUGAUGGCGGUACAGCGGUUUUGAGGAAAUGCUUCGAUACCUUUCGCCCCCCUACCAAACUAGCUGCUGGUCUCAGCUCUCACUUCACAACACUGCACACUCUUUUCAAGAAAAAGGUUCUGCGUUUAGCCCAGUGGGACCAACUUUUCCCACCUAGUGGGGAUCCACCUGAUUCUAAAGAAUUUGAUAUCACUCUCCUGUUUCUCCUUUUGACCAACAUGUGUGGCCUCACCCCUCCCUCCUCAGGAUGGCACGCGAUGCCACCUAUUAGUGACACCUCUUUCGAGGCUAACCUUGCUCGAAUGAAGUUUUUCCGCAAUAAGUUGUAUGGCCACGUGUCCACCACUGGCGUUGAAAUGUCAGUGUUUUUGUCUCUGUGGCGGGAUAUUAGCGCAGUCCUUGUUGAUCUUGGGUUUGACCAGGUAGAAAUAGAUAGAUUAGAAGCCGAACAUAGUGGAGAGGAAGACUAUAUUGACUUGUUACGUGAGUGGUCUGAGAGUGAAGAAAAUACGUGGUCACAGCUGAGGGAUAUACGGAAUUUCCAGAUACAGAUGCAUGAAGACGUUGCAGAUCUACGUCAAAACCAAAAGGAAGACCAGAAAACACUUGAGGAUACCAAGUCUAAAUUGGAGAAAUUGUCCCACUGCCAGGCAAAAACUCUUGAGGCUGUUGAAGAAAUGCAAGUAGGUAUCGAAGAAUUUAAACAGGUAGCUGAGUACGAAAAGAAGAAGAGAGAAGAUCAUUGGGAAGUUGAGGCCCUUAAAAACCUAGCGAAGGUCGACUUCCGAGGGGAUAUUGAAUAUCAUGCGCAAAGAUUCCAGGAAGGAACCCGUGAGUGGAUCUUCCAAAAGAUGGAUGAAUGGUUAGACGACAAAAGCUCUGAAAAUCGAGUAAUGGUCAUCAGUGGCAAUGCUGGCAUGGGAAAGUCAGUUAUUUCCGCUGUUGCGUGUAAGAGAAUGCAAAAAGCUGGUCGACUGUCAGGGAGCCACUUCUGUCAGCACAACAACGUGCGCUAUCGAAAUCCACAGCUGAUGCUUCAAUCCUUGGCCUGUCAUUUGACUCACACCUUACCCGAGUACAAGGAAGCUCUCGUGGAAAAACUAUCAAGGAAUCUGGGAGUACCACUCAACAGCAUGGGUGUCGAAGAGCUCUUUGCUCUGCUUUUGAAGGAGCCUCUUAAUGCUGUUAAAGAUCCAGGAAGAAACAUCUUAAUGGUAAUAGAUGGCUUGGACGAAAGUGAAUAUCAAGGACGCAACGAGCUUCUCGAUGUCGUUGGCAAGCAUUUUUUUAAGCUCCCAAAAUGGAUUCGAUUUCUUGUAACAGCCCGACCAGAAAUAAACAUUACGGAGAGCCUGAAGCAUCUGCAACCCAUACACCUUAACCAAAAACAGGAAGAGAACUUAAGCGACAUCAAGCGUUUCUUUCAACUACGUCUGGGAAAGCAACUUGAGCAAGAACAUAAGAAUGUGCUCUUGGACAAACUGGUUCAAAGGACUGAGGGUAUUUUCCUAUUUGCAUAUUUUCUUAGUGCUGCACUCGAAGAGAAUGCCUCGCCAGUUACCGUCGAGGAGGUGGAGAGCAGAUUGCCUUCGGGUAUUUCAUCCGUUUAUCUUGAUCAUUUUAAACGGUUAGAAAAGGAACUUUGCAAAGAGUUAAAGAUUGAAGAAGAACAAGUGUUACAUUUCUUAUGCGCCCUAGCCGCUUCCAGAGAGCCUCUACCAUUGGCCUUGGCCUCCAGAAUACUACAACCUACUGGGAACUGUUCCACUGCCAGACGAAAGGUAAAUAAAAUAAUCGCCUGUAUCUCUUCUCUUUUGCCAAUCUGCCACGAUCGAGUUCACUUCAUCCACAAGUCCGUGAAAGAUUGGUUAACAAAUACGUCGUCGUAUGGUCAGCAUGAAUUCAUCGUGGACGAGAAGGAAGAGCAUCAGAUCCUCUUCGACCUUUGCACUGCUGAGCUUGACAAAAUUAAAGACAAGAAGCUUCUUGAUUCCCAGUUCAACGACGCUGAACAGUACGCAUUGCAACAUGGUGUCCAGCAUAUGACCGAGCUGGAUGGACUGGGUGAUCAUUCAACAACCUACAACGUAGAUCACCUGGUAAAAUCCUAUGUCAUAGAUUUAGAACUCAUUUUUCGCAGACUUUGUGUGAACAGCGUGGUUCCUUCAGAUGAUCUCCAACGUGUUCAAAGGAACGUCAACCUCGCCUCACUGCAAGAGGGAACUUAUUCUUUGUUAAGCUCUCUGUCAAAAGCCCUUCGAAAACAUUCCUAUCUGUUGAAGGACCACCCACAAGCUUUGUUUCAAAGUUUGGUCAACGAAGGCUCCCCCGAGUUAUCUCUUAAAGCAGCAGCAAUCCUUGAAAACAAGCUUCCUCAUGCCUCGUACAUGAAAUACUUAGACAAAGAAGAAGAGCGAGGAGGGGUACAAGGUCGAUUUUACUGUUCAGAUAGUGUGGCAUGCUUCGAUGUUUCACCUGAAAUGGAUUAUAUGGUGUGCGAAUGCCGAGACGGAACAAUUCAUCUCUGGUCUCUUCAGACAGGGAAUGAAGUAUGGAAUCGACCUUCCCUAAUUGCGAAAGAAUUUGAAACCUCAAACCGUGGCGGUCUAAUACAAGAUGAAGGAGCAUAUCGCAGGAAGCAGUAUGGUUUGACUUUCUAUCGCUCAGUAGUUUUUGACGCAAGUGGAAAAUAUGUCCUACCGGGACGCCUGCGAAAUGUUUACACCCUCAAUGGAGAAUCCUAUGAACGUUUUCCGAAAAGCGAUUGCUUUUUUUCAAAUUGUGCGUUUUCCGGAGACAGAAGAUUAAUUUUAACUGACUGUGGUGAUGAUCCAAAGAGACUCUUUGUGGAGCAUGGAAGAUGGCAAGAAGCUAUGGUGCAUGUCUUUGCAAGAAAACGUUGCAUCUUUUUCUAUUUCCCAAGAUGGAUCACUCGUUGCAGUUGCAGAUAG